AAAAAUCGCACAGUUCUCCUUCCAGUUGCAUCGUUCCUCUUCUGGAGACCGCGGCUGGCGGCCGUCCUCAACGAGCUGGGUUAGGCGAAAAAAAGGGUGGACAGCCGAGUUCAGGCUGGGUGAGUUCGUGGGCGCGCCGGUGCUUCGCCGCCGGCCUGCGUGCUGAUGGACGUGGAGGGCAUGGAGUUUCUUCUUGAUGUUGUCGACAGGUUGCGUCUUGGAAGUGCGCCGCCAGACCGCGCGCCAUGUCCAUAGGAUGACCGCUCUGGAGUUAACAAUACGAAAAUAUGCAGAGCAACCUGACAAGAGUGUGAUGCGGCCUGCACUAGGGCUCAGUUUCGACUCGUUGGGUGAGGCGUAUGAUUUCUACAAUCUUUAUUCUUGGGAGAUUGGCUUCGGAAUAGGAUAUGGGAAAAGCAGACUAAAUGCUCAAAGAACAAAGACGAUGCAGGAGAUUGUUUGCGGGUGCUCGGGCAAAACUGAAGCAGAGAACAGCAGGUCCUGCAGGUGUGAGUGUCCUGUGCUAAUUAGGCUACUGCGAGCGUCCGACAACAGUUGGUACAUCACAGAGCACCGGGAAAAUCACAACCACUCUCUGUCGCUCACCAUGGGUGAAAAAGUGCACUGCCCGUCCCAUAAACACAUAGACGUCUACACCAAAGAUCUGAUUAGGCAGCUAAGGGAGAACAAUGUCAACUUGGGGAAGGUAUACAACAUAAUUGGGAGUUUUUUUGGUUCUGUUGAGAAGGUGCCAUUCACAAAGAGGACUCUCAGGAAUAUACGUGGAAAAAUUAACCGUGAGCAAGCUGACGACGAUGUCCAGAAGACACUUGAAAGUGACUUGAAAAAUUGUGAUGUCUUUUUCAUAUGCUGGGUUUCUGGGCUCCUAAAAUUUGAUCUAACAUCUGUGGUUCUGCUUUUGUUACAUGUCUCACAGCCUUGGUUCUUCGACUGGAUGGACUAUGGGACAUACAAUGUGGAGCAGCACACAGUCCCACGGAUCAGCCUUUACACAGCAGAAAUUUGCACGAGGCUUAUAUAUGUCACGAGGGAGUACCCGGACAUAUUCCCCACAAAGCCUCAUGAUGAAUUCGAUCAUCUGGAUGAAGAUUGGCAUGAUGUAGUUGGCGAGCCUGGUGGGAUCCUACAACAUGAAGGCCAACGGGAGGCGCUCCGAGCAGCUGAAGCGCUCAUCGCUGCCAUCCAACAAGAUUGCACCACACCUGAGGGGCGGCGUGGCAAGCAGGGUGCCGGGGGUGACACGGACACAAACACUCUUAAUGAUAAAGGUAAAGGGGUGGCUGACGAAAGUUCAGACUCAUCAAGCAGCGACAGUGAUGAUGAACGAGUUGAUCCAAGCAUUCGGCUAGCAAGGCCAAUACUUAGAGCUGACAGAAGAGGAGAAAGCAUAGAUGCUCCGCCAACAAGCGUACGUAUCCCUGGGGUGGUUGGGGGUAACCGCGUUACAGGUCCGCGUAGCCUUAACCGAUUCAGGCAACGGCUGCUUGUGGGAAGCAACAACACUCGGGGAGCUGCUGCAAGCAAUGCUAGUGCUUUGGUUGUAAACCCAGACAGACAUGCUUUGCUUCGCAGCAGGGGGGAGCACCUCAGGGCCGAGCUGUCUGAAAUCGAGGCUCAGGCAAAGUCCGACCUUGAAUAAUUGGUUCAUGGCCAUAAGGGAUGUCAUGCCAACCUAACUAUCGAGUAACACGCAAGUAAGAUAUGUGCACGUGCUAUAUAUUUGAACAGUUCGGCUUCGGCCAGGUCCUAUAUGAGGCAGGGGCUUACCAUGUUGCAGAGAUCAACAAGAAAACAAGUUUUGCAAUGCGACGCACAACCAGGCAGAGAAGAGCGAGAGGCAGAGCAUAGCGAUUUAUGAGUAUGUCUGAAGUUCGUCUGUGAAGGUCAUGUAAGAUUUCUUCGUGAGCAUUUCCAACACGAGCAGACCAAGGACCGCAACAGCAAUCAGUAACCCACCGGCACUACACUCUUUAGCCUUUACACGCAUCCUCCAGAACUUGUAAGAUUGGGAGAUGACAAUGUUGCUUAUGAGAAAUAGAUGGGCAUGUUCAAAGAAAACAGAUUUGCUAAGAUUUUUUCUUACGGCUAAGUUAUGUAGUUAAUUUUCAUUGUAGCAACAUUGUAUUAUUGUAGCAAUUCAGUGUCAUAUUUUUUUAGAACAGUAUCAUAUUUGUUGAGAACACUCGAGAACAAAGUAAAAAAAAUGUGU